AUGGAAGAUAUAAACAUGCAUUAUUUGGACACAAAGAUUGCAUGCAUAAAAAGUGCACGAGAUAAGGUAUACAAAUUCAAGGCCAUUAACAACACAAUACGCAGGUACCUGGAUGAAAUACAUAUAUUAGAAAGUAAGAUACACAAGAUAGAUAUAAAGUUGGCGAAGUACAACAUGGUGGAUGUGUUGAGUGGAAAAUUGCCAGAAAUUGAUAGGAUGAGCUUUCAGAAUAUAGUUUCUAUUAUUAAAGAGCUGAUGGAUGCAAAAACACAGUUUUUUGAUGAAAAUGCAUCAGAAUACAUUAAUAAAUCAGACAAAUUAUUAAUAAUAGUCAAGAAAGCAGGAUUUAUAAAGCUGAAUGAAAUUAUAUACAAAUCUACUGAAGCAUUAUUAAUGAUUCCAGAAUUUAGCGUGUUUAUUGGACUUAUAAGCAAGGAUCAUGUUCACAAAAUAGAGCUAAAGGUUCUUCAAUCUAGAAAAGUUGAGUGUCUGAGGAAAGCGAUGUGUAUCACAAGCAGCAGAGAUAUGAUGUUCAAGCUGAUGAUCCAACAGGAACUGCAUAUUUUUGUCAGGCUUUUUCCAUUUGAGCUUGAUGUGUUGGAAGAGCGAUUAAAAAAUUACGAAGACAUAAGCGAAAUGUUCCAGCUUACGAUCUUUGGAUGCUUUGCUUUUUCAGUACUCAAGGAGUACUUCAUAAGCUGCAAUGCAAUGGAGUUGAAAGGGCUUAGAGAAAAAUUGCAUAAUGAAAUUGAUCAAUUUGCAGAAAGUAUGAAUGAAAAUACAAAUGUAAUUGAAAAAGAAGCAUUCUAUGCAUGUAUAUUAAUGUAUGUAUCUGUCAAAUACUACAUGUCUAUUUGA